AUGGGAUUGUUUACUGCUCCGGACAGGGAGGAAUGGAUCCGGCCACAGUCAAGCUGGUCAAGGGAAACAGAACCAAUAUUCCACAACCUGAGUGCUGUGCUAGAGAAGGCUACUUCAAGUUUAGAGAAGGCCACAAAAGUCAAUGUCCUCCUUGCGGAUAUGGGGGAUUUUGCUGCCAUGAAUGAAAUAUACACCAUGGUGCCCAAGCCCGUAGCUACCCGUAAAGCUGAAGGGGCUUCCAGAAUAACAUCUUAA